UGUUAAUAGCACAUCAUGGGAGCCGCUGUUUUAUUGCAGAGGGAAGAGAGGCGCGCGCUGCGCAAAGGUUUGCUUUUGUGCCGUGUUCCUACAACGGGACGCGCAAGACCACACAGGCCUCCCGUUCAUGAAGAUGCCAGAGAUGAACAAAAGACUGCAGGGGAACGAACAGACCUGCUAUCCUGCAUGGGGAGACCCUUCACCACGAGCAGCCUGAGCAGCCUCAACACGCCGGGGGGCUACCACCUCUCCCCGUCCCCCGGGGACCCCUACAGCCAACAUGAGUCCCACUUCGAGCCCUGUCCGGCCGCCCAGCACAACUACAACUACCCGGGAUCCAACCCGGCGCAGAGCCAGGGCCCACAGAGCGACACCGGCACCGCCAACUGCUCCUCGUCGUCCUCCAACUCCACACCGAACAGCAAAAGUAUCGUGAAGAAAAACCCUAAGGUGGCCAACAUUAGCGUCCAGCUGGAGAUGAAGGCUUUAUGGGACGAGUUUAAUCAGCUGGGGACUGAGAUGAUCGUUACCAAGGCUGGCAGGAGAAUGUUUCCAACAUUCCAAGUAAAAAUAUUUGGGAUGGAUCCCAUGGCAGACUACAUGCUCCUGAUGGACUUCCUGCCUGUAGAUGACAAACGAUACAGGUAUGCUUUCCACAGCUCGUCGUGGCUCGUGGCGGGUAAAGCGGAUCCUGCCACCCCAGGGAGGGUGCAUUACCACCCGGACUCUCCAGCCAAAGGCGCUCAGUGGAUGAAGCAGAUCGUCUCAUUCGAUAAACUCAAAUUAACAAACAACCUGCUGGAUGAUAACGGACAUAUCAUCCUGAACUCCAUGCACCGCUACCAGCCCAGGUUCCAUGUGGUUUAUGUGGAUCCCCGCAAAGACAGCGAGAAAUACGCGGAGGAAAAUUAUAAAACGUUUGUUUUUGAGGAGACUCGUUUCACGGCGGUCACAGCCUACCAGAACCACCGGAUCACACAGCUGAAGAUAGCCAGUAAUCCGUUUGCAAAGGGCUUCAGGGACUGUGACCCAGAGGACUGGCCCAGGAAUCACCGGCCAGGCUCUCUGCCAAUAAUGAGUGCCUUCGCCAGAACCAGAAACCCAAUGUCAUCUCCCCCUCAGCAGAACGGCACAGAAAAAGAAGAUUCCAGACGGGAAUAUGAAGGAGAUCCAAGCGGAACCCCAAUUCACGCAGAUCCGGCCCACCAGCUGAUGUCUCGUGUCCUCAGCCCGGCUCUGCCGGUCCCAGGAGGACUUCACGCCGUCCCGCUAACCAGCGGCCGACCGAGCCCUCCCCACGACCUCCGGCCUGAUCCUCACCCCCUGCCCCCGGACACCCUGCACCACCAUCCCUACAAAUACCCAACUGCUUAUGAACACUACUUGGGAGCCAAGACCAGGCCUUCGCCUUACCCUUUACCCAGCAUCAGAGGACACACGUACCAUCACCACAUGAAUCCCGCCACAAACAUGUACUCAGCAACGAGCGGCCCCUCUAACUAUGACUAUGGGCCCAGAUAAUGACUGCUGUCUGUCAAGGAUGAUGGCGCACGGCACUAUGGGAAACCUAGCAGGCAGGGACUCAACGCAGCUCCCUCUGUUAAUGGUUUCUGCAACACGUGGGGUUUAAUCAGAGGUUAAGACUCCCCUCUGCUGGAUAAAUCCUGUUAUAUUUAUUUAAAGGAAAUGCAUCUAAGCGAGGACACCUGUUUGAAAGCCCUCAGAUGGCUCCGCUUUGACCUUUGAACUCAAAUGGGAACAGCUCCUACUUGAGCGGUGCAGACAUUAAGCCAUCCGGCUGAAGAAAAAGGAAGAGCCUUUCCUUAACCCGGACAAGACUUUUGAUCACAGACUGGAACUGAUUUAUUUUUUUCUUUAUGAUGCACUUUUUUGAUUUGUGUUGUUUUUAUUGCUUUCAAAAAAGCCAUACGUUAUAUAUAGUCCCAUGAACCUUCUAGGUUAGUAGACGAGAUGUUUGCAUGUUGAGCUCAUCAGAGAGGAUGUCAGAAUACAUCGAAAAUUGUUUUCUGCUUAAGGCAAAAAAACAAAAAAAAAAACAAAAGGAAAUUUAUGAACAUCUUGAGCCGUUCGGAGCUUGCACCAUGGCACUGACUUGCAGCAAUUCUAAGUAAUUAAAAACAAAGCAGAAAGGCUCUUCUGUAUCUGUAAAAUAAAUAAUCUCUGUGCAAAUCUUCAACUUGUAGU